AUGAGUCCUCCAUCCUUAAGAAAGUAUGGCUGCAGUGGUAUAACUUGGAGUGGUUUGUUGGGGAACACUAUCUGCCUGGUAGCACGCGCGAGACGCUCCUGCCUUCUUCUCUGUGUAGUAAGACCCGGAGCCUCUGCUGCCCCCUGGCUUGGGCCAUUGGACCAAUUGGGGCCCAUCGAUGAGACCACAACGAACCCGGAAACAUUCCCAAUACGCUCGUGGCGGUCGUAUAGCGGUGGCGGGUCGGGAUGCGCAUGGGCACGCCCACACGCCUUAUUGGCGGACGAAUUGAACCGUCUCCGCCGUGCAGCAAUAUCUCUUGGGUUCUCCGAGCUUUUGACAUGUGUGGGCGGAGCUUUAGAGCGCGAAUGUGCGUCUUUAGGCGGGUCUGCCCCACCCGAGUGUGCAUUACAACUUGCCCAUGCAGCUGCCGCCCUGAGGGAUCCAAAGACCGCCCUCGACAUAAAACAUACCCUACAACCAUAG